AUGCACAUCGAGAAAAAUGUUUGCGAUAGUAUCAUUGGUAUGUUGUUGGAGAUCCCUGGAAAAAAUAAAGAUGGGAUUGCUGCUCGUUUGGAUUUAUUGAACAUGGGGGUCAAGACUGAUUUGCAACCCGAGUAUGGAAAAAGACGUGCUCGCUUGCCUCCAGGGCCUUGGAAUUUGUCAAGAGCAGAGAAGAGAGCGGUUUGCAAUUCUUUCGAUGGUAUGAAGGUCCCUGAAGGUUACUCUUCAAAUAUUAAAAAUCUUGUAUCUUUACAAGAUUCAAGACUUCUUGGACUUAAAUCACAUGAUUGUCAUACCUUGAUGCAACAAUUGCUCUCUGUGGCAAUUCGUUCUGUUCGAGAAGCCUGCAAGGUAUGCAAUAACUCGAUUGUGCUUCUUCUUCAAUGCUAUAUGUGCAAAGAUGAUAAUGUUUCCAAGCUAGAUAAGCUGGAAGAAGAUGUAGUAGUAACUUUGUGUUUGCUUGAGAAGUACUUUCCCCCUUCAUUCUUCGAUAUCAUGGUUCAUCUAGUAGUACAUCUUGUCAGAGAAGUUCAUCUAUGUUGGCCAGUUUAUUUUAGAUGGAUGUAUCCGUUCGAAAGAUAUAUGAAAGUGCUAAAGGGUACAGUUGGAGUGCCAUCAAGCCAGAAGAUGGGACUUUCAAAGCCCUUAUCAGGUUACACAGUGAGUUUAGUUGAUCAAGACUUGUUGAAUCAGGCACAUCUAUAUGUCUUGGAGAAUACGGAGGAAGUUCUACCUUAUAUCGAAGAACAUAUGAUCCACAUCAAGACCACUUAUUCAAAAUUUAGAAAGAGAACAAAGUGGCUACAAGAUAAGCACAAUACCACUUUCAUUCAAUGGCUACGCUUUAAGGUUCAAAGUCAACUUAAUGGGGCAGACAAUAAUGGUGUAUUAGAAAAUUUGAGGUGUCUAGCAGCUGGUCCAAGCAUGGCAGCGCCAUCAUAUAGGAGCUAUCUUAUCAAAGGUAUUAAAUUUAACACCAAGGCACAAGAUGAUGUUCGGGCAGUUCAAAAUAGUGAAGUUUAUUUACUUGCACAUACUAUGCAAGUUGCUAGUGCCAAGGAUAAGAACCCAAUUGUCUCAAAUAUGGGUUUUUAUGGUGUCAUUCAAGAUAUUUGGGACCUUGAUUACCAAAAGUUUACAAUCACAGUGUUUAGGUGUGAUUGGAUAGAUAGCACUUCUGGCCUUGUAGUCGACGAAGUUGGAUUUACCAUUGUAGAUCUGAGUAAAAUUGGACAUAGGAAUGACCAAUUUGUUAUGACUUCUCAAGUCAAACAAGUAUUUUUUGUUGAUGACCCAAUGCAUCAUGGUUGGUCAGUAGUGUUAUCAAUGCCUAAUAGAGAAUAUAAUGAUGUUAUUGGUGAUGAUGUCUUAGGUGAUGUGAGAAUUGAAUGUGAGCUAUUUACUAGAAGGAUGCCAAAUGGUGACGCAUUUGAUGAAGUAGCCGGUGAGUCUGGGAGUCAAAAUAUUCGAGAUGGGUGUGAAGAUAUAUGGAUUGAAUGA